CAGCAAACAACAGACGGGAAACCCAAGAUUAUUGAUAUCAUUGAUACAACUGGAAGUGGUGACGUAUGCACGAGUACUGUGGUUGAACCAAAAGAUGGUGUUUUAGCUGGCCUUUCCGGAAGGACAUUAAAGAUUCCCACAAGCUGGAAAAAUCCUUCAGGCAGAUAUCAUAUUGGUGUAAAAAAUGGAUUUGACUUUUAUCCAAAGGCCCUCAAAGAGCGACUGCAGAAAGAGCGAAAAGAGAAGUUGUGGGAUCCCACCCAUCGAGCCAUACUAGCAGAGGCAUGCAGGAAGCAGGAGGAGAUUGACACAGGCUCUAGCAGUCAAACCCAGAUGGGAAAACUGAUCAAGGAAGAUGUUCAAAAUCAAGUAGAACUGCUAAACUCAUUUGAGAAGAAGUAUAGUGACCCGGGUCCAGUGUACGACUGUUUGGUGUGGCAUGAUGGGGAAACGUGGCGUGCCUGCAUGGACACAAGUGAAUGUGGGGAUCUUGAAGCUUGCACUGUGUUAGGGAGUUACAGAGAAAUACAAGAAUAUGCAUCAUUUGGUACAUCAGAAAUGCUAAACUACUCAGUGAACAUUUAUGAUGAAGGGAAUUUGCUGUCUAUUGUAACAAGUGGAGGUGCUCACGGAACACAUGUGGCUAGUAUUGCUGCUGGUUAUUUUCCUGAUGAACCUGAAAGAAAUGGUGUAGCUCCAGGGGCCCAGAUCCUAGCUAUAAAGAUCGGUGAUACUAGGCUCAGCACAAUGGAGACUGGCACAGGACUUAUUAGAGCGAUGAUUGAAGCAAUAAAGUAUAAAUGUGACCUGGUCAAUUACAGUUAUGGUGAAGCAACACACUGGCCGAAUUCUGGGAGAGUAUGUGAGGCAAUAAAUGAAGCAGUGUGGAAGCAUAACAUCAUUUAUGUGUCAAGUGCUGGAAAUAAUGGUCCAUGUCUUUCCACUGUUGGCUGUCCAGGUGGAACUACCUCCAGUGUCAUUGGUGUGGGUGCCUAUGUUUCGCCGGACAUGAUGGUUGCAGAAUAUUCCCUACGUGAAAAACUUCCUGCCAAUCAGUACACAUGGUCUUCAAGAGGUCCUAGCACUGAUGGAGCUCUUGGAGUCAGUAUUAGUGCUCCAGGAGGAGCUAUUGCAUCCGUGCCAAACUGGACAUUGCGGGGUACUCAGCUAAUGAAUGGAACAUCCAUGUCUUCUCCGAAUGCUUGUGGAGGCAUUGCACUAGUAUUAUCAGGUCUUAAAGCAAAUGGUGUUCCUUACACUGUGCAUUCAGUGAGAAGAGCGUUGGAGAAUACUGCUUUGAAAGCUGAAAACAUUGAAGUUUUUGCCCAAGGGCACGGCAUUAUUCAGGUUGACAAAGCCUAUGACUACCUCAUGCAGAACACCUCAUUAAUCAAUAAGAUAGGUUUUACAGUUUCUGUUGGAAAUGGCCGAGGAAUUUAUCUCAGGGAUCCAGUUCAGGUUGCUGCACCCUCAGACCAUGGUGUGGGCAUUGAGCCAAUGUUCCCAGAAAAUACAGGUAAUUUCGAGAGAAUUUCCCUCCAACUUCACUUGGCGCUUACAUCCAGUGCCACCUGGAUUCAGUAUCCUAGCCACCUGGAGCUGAUGAACCAGUGUAGACACAUAAAUGUCCGUGUAGAUCCCCGAGGUCUGCGAGAAGGGGUGCAUUAUGCAGAGAUAUGUGGAUAUGAUAUAUGUGCCCCUACUUCUGGUCCAUUAUUCAGAGUUCCUAUAACGGUUGUCAUACCAGCAAGGCUCAGCGAGUCUGCAUUGUAUGAUUUGGAGUGUAAAGAUGUACUUUUCAAAUCUGGGCAAAUAAAGCGUCAUUUCAUAGAAGUUCCUCAAGGUGCAACCUGGGCUGAGGUUAAUGUGACUUCCCGUUCUUCUGAUGUGGCCUCUAAGUUUGUUCUGCAUGCUGUUCAGCUGGUUAAGCAGAAGGCUUACCGAAGUCAUGAGUUUUACAAAUUCACUUCUUUACCUGAAAAUGGCUCAGUGACAGAAGCAUUUCCUGUUCUGAGUGGCAAAACCAUUGAAUUUUGCAUUGCACGCUGGUGGGCAAGUCUCAGUGAUGUGAAUAUUGAUUACUCGAUUUCCUUUCAUGGGCUUGUUUGUGGACAAUCUCAGCUGAACAUCCAUGCAUCUGAAGGCACAGCACGUUUUGAUGUAUUCUCUACUUUAAAGUAUGAGGAUUUGUCUCCCAGCAUUAGUUUGAAAAAUUGGGUACAAACUUUAAGGCCUGUCAGUUCCAAGACGAGACCUCUGGGAGCCCGUGAUAUUUUGCCAAACAACCGUCAAUUAUAUGAAAUAGUUUUAAGUUAUAAUUUCCAUCAGCCCAAAAGUGGAGAAGUGACACCUAGCUGCCCGCUGCUUUGUGAGUUGUUGUACGAAUCAGAGUAUGAUAGCCAGUUAUGGAUUAUCUACGACCAGAACAAAAGACAGAUGGGAGCAGGAGAUGCCUACCCGCACCAGUAUUCUGUGAAACUUGAAAAAGGAGAUUAUACAAUCCGAAUGCAGGUCCGCCAUGAGCAGAUAUCUGAAUUGGAACGAUUGAAAGACCUUCCUUUUGUGGUUUCUCAUAGAAUGUCAAACACUUUGAGUUUGGAUGUUUAUGAAAGUCACAGUUUGGCUCUUUUGGGAAAGAAAAAGGUCAAUACAAUAACUUUGCCACCAAAACACAGCCAGCCUUUCUUCGUUACAAUGUUGCCUGAUGAUAAAAUACCUAAAGGUGCUGGACCAGGCUGCUACCUCAGUGGCACUCUGACGCUGUCGAAGACAGAACUUGGCAAAAAAGCGGGGCAGUCUGCAGCAAAGCGACAAGGAAAAUAUAAAAAGGAUGUGAUUUCAGUUCACUACCAUUUGAUACCUUCAUCAACAAAACCUAAGAAUGGCAGCAAAGACAAAGAGAAAGAAGCAGAAAAGGAGAAGGAUGUGAAAGAAGAAUUUGCAGACGCUCUCAGAGACCUAAAGAUUCAGUGGAUGUCAAAGCUUGAUAGCAAUGAUAUCUUCAGUGAAUUGAAGGAAGCUUUUCCAAACCAUCUUCCCCUGUAUGUUGCAAGGCUUCAUCAGCUGGAUUCUGAAAAGGAAAGAAUCAAGCUCAUAAAUGAAAUAAUUUCAGCUGCGGAGGAAGUAAUUUCUAGAAUUGAUCAGACAGCUCUUGCCUUGUUUUUUGCCAUGAAGUCCGAUCCAAGACCUGAUGCGGCCACUAUAAAAAAUGACAUGGAGAAGCAGAAGGGCACACUGAUUGAUGUUCUGUGUCGAAAAGGCUGUGGCUUGGCAGAGAAGGUUCUCCAUCUUCAGUCCAAAGAUGGUGCUGCAUCAUGUGACAUUGAUGGGAGAGAAGACGAUCAAGAUGCUGCUCUAGAGGCCUUAAAUGAUACUUACUGGGAAAUUACAAAAUGGAUUGAUGUAUAUGAUUCAAAGGUUUUACCGUUUGUCUAUAAGCAUGCUUUAGCAAAUAAAUUAUAUGGACGAGGAAUUAAAGCUGCAACAAAGAUAGUAGAAGAAAAGCCAACUAAAGAAAACUGGAAAAACUGUGUUCAGUUAAUGAAAUUGCUUGGGUGGACCCACUGUGCUACUUUUACAGAAAACUGGAUCCCAGUAAUGUAUCCCCCGGAUUACAGCAUUUUCUAA